UGUGACAUCAACAUGUCAUUGAUUAUUUCGUGCAGUACGUGAUUUUCGAAGGUAGCUGUGAAGGUUUCGACAAUUCGAUAAACGGGAUUCACAAACCAACACCCAAAAAUGUCUAAACUAAGUGCUUCGGAAGAAAAGAUGCUAAUGCUUCAGCAUCACAUGCGAGAAAACAACAUGGAUCUCGAAACGUUUGUAAAAGACAUGAAUAAAUGGGAAGACGAUAUCAAAGAAAAGGAACAAAAGCUGAAAAGUGAAAAGGCUGUGAAUGGAAAGGAAUUGCCUCCUGUAAGAAACAGUUUGAAAAUCAAAAAGAAGAGGAAAGUGAAAACUCUAAAGGACGAUGACAGUCAGGGGAGGAAGCCGCGGAAACGGAUUAGUGGCUACGAUUAUCGGUCCUGGGACAAACUGGAUAUUGAUAAAAUGUGUAAUGAUGUGGAUAAACAGGAGAAGUCGGAUUCAUCGGAUUACGAAACAGACGAGGAGUGGGAGAUAGAGAGAAAGAAGCAGCAGGCAGCCAUGGAUAAAGAUGCUGGAAAUGAUUACUUUAAACGAGGGGACUACACUAAUGCUAUAGAAUCCUAUACAAAGGGGAUGGCAUUAGAUCCCACCAACCCAAUCCUACCCGCCAACAGAGCAAUGGCUCUCCUGAAGGAGCAAAAAUAUGCAGCUGCUGAGAUGGACUGUAUGACGGCCUUGACCUUAGACCCUCUCUAUGUUAAGGCCUACCUCCGGCUGGGAUCGGCUCAGUUCUUCAUGAAGAAGCUGCAGAAGGCCAAGGACACCUUUGAUAAAGUCCUGCAGCUGGAGCCCCAAAACAAACAGGCCAAGCUGGAGAUUGAGAAAAUUGAAAAGGAAAUGAAGAAAGAACAAAUGGUGACUCAUGACAGUUUAGCCCCUGAUGUAGGCCUUGUUAAACCAAUCACAAAGCCCCCUAACAAGAGGUCAAAGAAGCCAUUGAGGAGGUUAGAAAUUGAAGAAGUUGGUGUUGAAGAAACAGAUAUUAGACAGGCAGCCAGAUCUCGAGUAGAGGAAAGCCACAGCAAACAGAGGAAAGAGACAGAAUCCAAGGACAAUCAAAUGUUUGCUAAAUUCACCAACCCUGGAAUGAUCAAUCCUCCAGCCCCUACCCCACAAACCGACCAAGAACCAAAACCUGUGAUAAAUAAAACUGAAAGUGAAACGAAGCUGGAUUUAUCAAAUGUUCAAAAUGAGGCUCAAGCUUCUGUCAGUCCUAGAUCAGAGGUCAAAUCUCUUUCACCCAGAAGUUUUUCUGUUCCAGCAUCUUCAUUUCAGUUCCAGGCAGAUUACAAAGUGCUUAAAACGGAUAUGUCAGCAUUCUAUGAUUAUCUAAAGAAAAUAGACCCUGCAUUGUACCCCAAGCUGUUCGGAGAAUGCCUUGAUGCAGAAAUUUUAAUGAAUAUGCUUAAAGUAUUUCAAAACUGCUACAAACCAGCUGGGAAGGACUAUUUUCCACACAUGCAGAAGCUGACGGAAGUGAAGCGGUUCGGUAUGACUGUGAUGUUCUUCUCCAGAAAAGAAAAACAAGUGCUGCAAGAAUUGUUUGACAACUUGAAAGACAAAGGAACAAUACAAGGAAAUGAUCUGAAGUCUUUGGCCACAAAAUAUGGAGUGAACUGCUAAAUAUACAUGGACUCAUUUGUUUACAAUAUUUUAUUUACAAUGUCGUUUUUUGAGGUUUUUUUGCAAUAAAUUGCAUCAUGAUAAAAUAAA